CCCAGAUAUGUCCAGCUCGAUGCUCUACACCUCACCUGCAGAUGACUGUCUACCAAUGGGCUGGGCUUUGAAAAGAUCUAAGAAGACAUUGCGAUUCAGUGACCGACAGAAACUUUAUCUUAACGACAAGUUUUUAAUAGGACAGGCAACUGGCCACAAGAUUGACGCAGGGACUGUAUCGCGCGACAUGAGAUAUGCUAAAGACAGCAAUGACAACAGGCUGUUCACGAUUGAUGAGUUCUUAACACCACAGCAAAUACAAUCGUAUUUCAGUAGAACAGCUGCAAAGCUGAAGGGCGUACCAGUAGAUACCUUAGCUACUGAUGCAGCGGAAGAGCAAUUCGCUGCAGCUACAGAGGAAGAAGGCUAUCAAUCGACGCGAGAGGUCAUCCAGCAAGUCAUCCAGCAAUGUGGGCUUCUACAUCCCAUUACAUACGAGACCUACAAUCUUUGUCGGCUUAACAAGUCUAAUGGGCUUAAACAAUUAAGUAUUAACAUGCUUGCUAGCAUUUGUGAGUAUUUUGAUAUAGAUACGGAUAACAUCACCAGUCGUCGAAAGGCCCCUUAUAUCGAUCUUUUAAGGACAACUUUACAGUCGUGUUCUUGUGUACUGGGAUCCGUUUGA